AUGGCUCUGACUGUGUGUGUCCGGAGACUCAUAGGGCUGCCGGGAACCCACGACAGACAAGUACAGCUCAGCUUUCGCGGCUUUACCCAGAAAACAAGGAAAAUUCACUGUGGUCAAGAAGCAGAUAUUGGAGAGUUGUUCCGUUGGCCUCAUUAUGGAGCUCCACUGCCUGGGGAAAAUCUGUCUGUGCAGGUGGUCAACUGCAGCCAUGUGUUCAGCCCCAGGUCUCUGGGGACUCUGGUUAUCUCCUUGCAGCAAUUACAGAGUGCUGGGCAUUUGGUGAUUCGUGAGGCCCUAGUGGAUAAGAAUCUUCGAGUGUCCCCGAUCCAGGUGGAGCUUGACCUGAGGUACCAGCCUCCAGAGGGCGCUGCUGGAGCCUGGGCAGAGGAGGAUUUUGGGUCACCCAUCCGGGACAGCUCAGAGUUGAUCAUCCCCAAUGUGGGCUUCCAGGAGCUGGAGCUUAGGGAGGCCCGUUUGGAGCGGCGGGCAGUGGCUCUAGGCCGCAGGCUAGCGCGAAGCCUAGGCCCGCAGGAUGAUGAGGAGAAUGAGCUGGAGUUGGAGCUGGAGCUGGACGAUGAGCCCGAUGUGGAGCUUUCUGGGGUUGUGUUCAGUCCCCUCAAGAGCCGAGCCCGGGACCUGGCCCACCGGGAGCACUUCCAGGUGUCCAGAGCCCAGGACUUCCAGGUGGGAGUCACCGUGCUAGAGGCCCAGAAACUGGUGGGAGUCAACAUUAACCCCUACGUGGCUGUGCGUGUCAGGGAGCAGCGCCGAGUUACUGCCACACAACGUGGGACCAAUUGCCCCUUCUACAAUGAGUAUUUCUUGUUCGAAUUUCAUGGGACCCUACUUCGUCUUCAAGAAUCAUUACUGGAGAUCACGGCUUUCCACUCGCAGACCCUCCCCUUUAUGGCCACCCGGAUAGGCACCUUCAGGAUGGACCUGGGCAUUGCCUUUGACCAGCCAGAUGGCCUCUUCUACCAAAAAUGGGCUCCUCUACACGACCCCCGGGAUACCCGCGCCGGGACCAAGGGCUUCGUCAAGGUCACCUUGUCCGUGAAGGCACGCGGGGACCUGCCCCCUCCUUUACCACCCCUUGGCCCGGGGCAGAGUUCGGACAUUGAGAAGAACCUGCUCCUGCCCCGCGGGGUGCGCUCUGAGAGGCCGUGGGCGCGGCUGCGCGUCCACUUCUCUUCCGGAGCGUCCGAACUUCUCCCUGUCCCGACCCAAGGCAGGACUUGGAGGAGAUCAGGGUUUGAAGCACAGCGGAAUCUAGCACCCACCCACCGCGUACUCCCCUCCGAAGCCCUGCUUUUGUUCCUCACAGCGGGAUUCAACCCCACGUUCGGCCCAGCCUGGGUGUCCCUCUAUGGCUCUCCCCCGAGUGGGGGACUCCGGGAUGGUCUUCAGAGUCUCAACGAAGGCCUCGGCCAAGGCCUUUGGUUCCGCGGCAGACUCCUGGUGGCUGUGUCCACGGAGGUGUUCGAAGGCAGGGCCGGAUCGGAGCCACCCCAGGCCCCACAAGGGUCCACUUUGUCCAGGCUCAUCGGAAAAAAGAAGAAAGCCAGGCGGGGCCAGGCCACGGCCGGGAUUCCACAGAAGCACGGAGAUGCCGGUCCCAGUGGAGAUGGGCCUGAAAUUCCUACUAGCAUGGAGGUGGAGGUGGAGGAAUUGCUGCCUCUGCCGGAGAAUGCCCUUGCACCCUGCGAAGAUUUCCUGCUUUUCUGUGUACUCUUCGAGGCCACCAUGAUCGAUCCUGCUGUAGCCUCGCAGCCCAUCAGCUUCGAGAUUUCCAUUGGUCAUGCAGGACGCUGGGAGGAGCAGCGGCACAGGGCUGGGGAGGGAACUACAGGCUCCUUGGGGGAGGUGCAGCCUCUGCUGGAGUCUGAAGAUGUGGAGGCCCAGCUGGAGGAGGAGGAGGAGCAGCUGGGAACCCCGGCCCAGCCACCUGAACCUGUGGAUGGCAGUGGCCCUUACUUCUGCUUGCCUCUGCGUCAUCGCAAGCCCUGCGUACAUGUGUGGAGCCGAUGGGAGGAUUACACAUGGCGCCUGCAGAGCAGCAACUGUGUGUGCAAAGUGGCUGAGAGGCUGGACCAGGGGCUGCAGGAGGUUGAGAAGAUGCAGCGCAAGCCAGGGCUGGGCCCCUGUCUGCGGCUCAAGCAGGCCCUGGAAGAGCUGGUGGCUGGGAGCAGACAGUUUUGCCGCAGUGCUGAGUGCAGGACUAUGACCCGGCCCAAUGCCCUGGAUAGAAGCCGAGCGAAAAUGCUGACGCACAGCCUGAACGUGUUGGCAAAACAAGGACUUCGGCUUUUACGAGGGCUGAAGCAAAGCAACAUGCAAAAGAAGGUAGCACUGGCCAAGAAACUCCUGGCAAAGCUGCGUUUUCUGGCUCAGGAGCCCCAGCCACCCCUUCCCGAUGUACUGGUUUGGAUGCUCAGUGGUCGGCGCCGUGUGGCCUGUGCGCGGAUCCCUGCCCAGGAUGUGCUGUUCUCUGUGGUUGAGGAGGAGCGUGGCCGAGACUGUGGGAAGAUCCAGAGUCUGCUGCUCACAGCACCUGGGGCAGCCCCGGGGGAGGCCUGCGCUAAGCUGGAGCUCUUCCUGUGGCUGGGGUUGGGCAAGCAAGCCAAGGCCUGCACCUCCGAGCUGCCCCCAGACCUGCUACCUGAGCCCUCGGCCGGGCUGCCCCACAGCCUGUACCGGGACGAUUUUAGUUACUUCCAGCUCCGGGCUCACCUGUACCAGGCCCGAGGUGUGUUGUCAGCAGAUGACAGUGGCCUCUCGGACCCCUUUGCUCGAGUAAUCAUCUCUACCCAGUGCCAGACCACACGGGUUCUGGAGCAGACGCUGAGCCCCCUUUGGGAUGAGCUCUUGGUGUUUGACCAGCUAAUCGUGGACGGGAGGCGGGAGCUCUUGCAGCAGGAGCCUCCACUAGUGAUCAUCAACGUCUUUGAUCACAAUAAGUUUGGCCCCGCUGUGUUCCUGGGCAGGGCGCUGGCCGCCCCAAGGGUGAAGCUGACGGAGGACCCAUACCAGUGCCCCGAGCUGCAGUUCUUUCCCCUGAAGAAGGGACUGCGGGCAGCCGGAGAGCUUAUUGCCACCUUUGAACUUAUUGAGCUGGACUACAGUGGCCGACUGGAGCCCUCAGUGCCCAGGGAUGUAGAGCCCCAGGAUCUGACAGCCCUGGCUGAGCCCCUCUCGGGACGCCUGUCCCUGCCACCCAGUGUGCGCCCGGUGCUCAGGGAGUUCCGUGUUGAGAUGCUGUUCUGGGGACUGAGGGGCCUUGGUCGUGUGCACCUGUUUGAGGUGGAGCAGCCUCAAGUUGUGCUGGAAGUGGCCGGAAAACGUGUGGAGUCUGAGGUCCUGGCCAGCUACCAUGACAGCCCCAAUUUCACUGAGCUCGUCAGGCAUCUGACAGUGGCCUUGCCAGAGCAGCCUUACCUGCAGCCCCCUCUCAGCAUCUUGGUGAUUGAGCACCGGGCCUUUGGUCGCACAGUCCUUGUGGGUUCCCACAUUGUGCCCCACAUGCUGCGAUUCACCCUCCAGGGAAAUGAGGAUCCCCCUGAGGAGGAAGGAGCAGAGGAGGAGACAGAGGACUCGGAGCCCAGGCGACCUCAAGGACCAAAGUCUUUGGAGCCCUUCUCGGCUGAGGCUGGGAUAUCCAGACGGCUCCUGAAGGCUCCAUUGAAGAAGCUCAGCCUAGGAGGCCUCCUGAGUCCCUGUCCAGAGCUGGAGGAGGACACCCCGGAUCCUGAAGAGCUCGACUGGUGGUCCAAGUACUAUGCAUCCCUGCAGGAGCUGCAGGCGCAGCCCAAUCUGGACGAGGAGGAAAUGGAUGAUCCCGGGGAUUCAGAUGGGGAGGCCCAGGACCAGGGUGAGGCUGAUGUUGAAGGCACUGCAUCUCGGAAAAAGGCAAUUGCCACCCUGAAGAUCUACAGCAGCUCCCUGGAGGAAGAGUUUAACCACUUUGAAGACUGGCUGAAUGUGUUUCCCCUCUACCGAGGGCAAGGGGGACAGGGUGGGGAUGGAGAGGAAGAAGGGUCUGCAUACUUCAUGGGCAAGUUCAAAGGUUCCUUCCUCAUUUACCCUGAGUCAGAGGCAGCAUCCUUUUCUGAGCCCCAGAUCUCUCGCGGGAUCCCACAGAACCGACCCAUUAAGCUUCUGGUCAGAGUGUAUGUUGUAAAGGCAACCAAUCUGGCUCCUGCAGACCCCAAUGGCAAAGCGGACCCCUAUGUGGUGGUGAGCGCUGGCAAGGAGCGGCAGGACACCAAGGAACGCUACAUCCCCAAGCAGCUCAACCCCAUCUUUGGAGAGGUCCUGGAGCUAAGCAUUUCUCUUCCGGCUGAGCCAGAGCUGACUGUAGCUGUAUUCGAUCACGACCUUGUGGGUUCUGAUGACCUCAUUGGGGAGACCCACAUUGAUCUGGAAAACCGAUUCUACAGCCACCACAGAGCAAACUGUGGGCUGGCCUCCCAGUAUGACAUGGAUGGGUACAAUGCCUGGCGUGAUGCAUUCCGGCCUUCACAGAUCCUGGCAGGGCUGUGCCAGCGCUGUGGCCUCCCUGUCCCUGAAUACCGAGCUGGGGCUGUCAAGGUGGGCAGCAAAGUCUUUCCGACACCGCCUGAGACUCUGCCUACAGGUGUGGGGGGGGCCCAGUUGGCAAAUGGGACCUCUGAAGAGGCCCAGGCAUUACUUGUGCUGCGGCAUUGGCAGGAGAUGCCAGGGCUUGGGAUCCAGCUGGUACCUGAGCAUGUGGAAACUCGGCCCCUCUACCAUCCCCGCAACCCAGGGCUGCUGCAGGGAUCCCUUCAUAUGUGGAUUGACAUCUUCCCCAAGGAUGUGCCUGCCCCACCCCCAGUUGACAUCAAGCCUCGACAGCCAAUCAGUUAUGAGCUCAGAGUUGUCAUCUGGAACACAGAAGACGUGGUUCUGGAUGAUGUGAAUCCACUCACUGGAGAGAUGUCAAGUGACAUCUAUGUGAAAAGCUGGGUGAAGGGGCUGGAGCAUGACAAACAGGAGACAGAUGUCCACUUCAACUCCCUGACUGGGGAAGGGAACUUCAACUGGCGCUUUGUGUUCCGUUUCGACUACCUGCCCACGGAGCGGGAGGUGAGCGUCCGGCGCCGACCUGGACCCUUUGCCCUAGAAGAGGCUGAGUUCCGGCAGCCGGCUGUGCUGGUCCUGCAGGUCUGGGACUAUGACCGCAUCUCUGCCAACGACUUCCUUGGAUCCCUGGAGCUGCAGCUCCCAGACAUGGUGCGGGGCGCCCGGGACCCUGCACAGUGCUCCGUGCGGCUGGCCCGAGAUGGCGCCGCGCCAAGGUGCAAUCUGUUCCGCUGCCGCCGCUUGCGGGGCUGGUGGCCUGUAGUGAAGCUUCGAGAGCCAGAGGAUGUGGAGCGAGAGGAGCGGGAGGCCAAGGCUGGCAAGAAGAAGAGGAAGAAGAGGAAGGGCAGGCCUGAGGACCUGGAGUUCACGGACUCCGGCGGCAAUGUCUACAUCCUCACAGGGAAGGUGGAGGCAGAGUUUGAGCUGUUGACUGUAGAAGAGGCAGAGAAGCGGCCAGUGGGCAAGGGACGAAAAGAGCCAGAGCCCCUGGAGAAACCUAACCGCCCUAAAACCUCCUUCAACUGGUUCGUGAACCCACUGAAGACCUUCGUCUUCUUCAUCUUGCGCCGGUACUGGCGCAUACUGGUGCUCCUGCUCGUGCUGGCACUCAUCACGGUCUUCCUCCUCCUGGUGUUUUACACCAUGCCCGGCCAGAUCAGCCAGGCCAUCUUCAGCCCCCUUCACAAGCCCUGACUCCAACUGUCCUGAGACACAAGUCCUUCCUGCCAGUACGAGCUGUCUGAGUUGAGUGCUUUCUUUCAGUAAAACUUA